AUGUUAUUAAAACCAACAAGAUUAUUAUUAUUGGGAGCUCCUGGAUCUGGGAAAGGUACUAUAUCCAAAAGACUACUAGAUAAUUUUACUCAAUUAAAAUCAAUUGCUUCUGGUGAUGUUUUAAGAACUCAAAUAUCAAAUGGUACUUCAAUUGGGAAAAAAGCCGAAACUUAUUUGAAAUCUGGGGCAUUAGUACCAGAUAUAAUUAUGAUUGAUUUAAUAACAAAACAAUUAAAAGAUCAAAAUUUAUUACAAUCUAAUGCAAGUUGGUUAUUAGAUGGGUUUCCAAGAACUUUUAAUCAAGCAGAACAAUUAACAAAAGUUUUAGAAGCAAAUAAUUCAAAUUUAAACUUGGUGGUGGAAUUAGAUGUUAACCAAGAUAUUAUAUUACAAAGAAUUGAAUCAAGAUAUGUACAUUUACCAAGUGGGAGAAUAUAUAAUUUAGAUUAUAAUCCACCCAGAGAACCUUUUAAAGAUGAUAUAACUGGAGAACCAUUAACAAAAAGAGAUGAUGAUACAGCAGAAGUGUUUCUGAAAAGAUUAGACAAGUAUAAUGAAGAAAUUAAACCAAUGAGAGAAUAUUUUCAACAUUUAGGUAUAUGGCAUAAAGUAUCUGGUAAUACAAGUGAUAUAAUAUAUCCAAAAGUUGAAAAAUUAGUGAUAUCUGAUAACUAG